GGGAUGACGAGCAGAUGGUAGCGCUGGAGGCGCUGCGGCAGCGUAUGGCAUCCAGCCCUUACCCUGACGCAGCACAGGAUGAGAGCACACUGCGUUGGUUCCUGCAAGACCGCAAGCUGGAUGUGGCGGAGGCGGAGGAGAAGCUGCUAAAGAUGCUGCGCUGGCGUCGCGAGUUUGGUGCCGACCUGAUUGAGUGGACCGACGUUGCUCGUGAGGCGGCCACUGGCAAGGCCUACCUCCACACCCACGAUGAUGUUUCAGGCCGCCCUGUUGUUGUUGUACGUGCUGCCAAGCACAUCACUGGUGCCUGCAGCCUGCACGACAGCCAGCGGCUGUGCGUUCACCUGAUGGACCUCGCCCUCGAGCGCCUCGAGGCUGCAGCAGCUGCAGCGCCGCCCGGCACGCCGUCGCCGCCCCAGACCGUGCUGGGAAUCUUCGACCUGCGCGGCUUCACCUCUGCCAACGCGGACUGGGGAUUUGUGCGUUUCUUAGUUGACGUCUUCUUCAACUACUACCCAAAGCGUCUGUCCCAGGUCCUUUUUGUGGAGGCGCCAUGGGUGUUCAAGCCUGGGUGGGAGAUAGUACGACCGUGGCUGAAGAAAUAUGCGGCCCUGGUGCGCUUUGUGUCUGCGGACGAGGUGCGGCGAGAAUACUUCACACCGGAGACGGUGCCCGAGGACUUUGGUGCGCGGGGCUUUCCACCAAAAGUGCCCAAGUGAUGCUCAAUGGCGGCCAUCAAGCAACCACCUUGCAUCAGUAUUGGCAGGACGAAUCUACCCUGGACGAAUCCAACCCUGGGUCUUGCGAGAGAGGAGAGAAACAGCAUUGCGAGUUGUAUGUGUGUGUGUGUUUGUACUGUGCCGGUAACACACACUGGCA